UUAACAGGUCUGACAGAGCACAGGACGGGGUGUGUUGGAUUUUCGUCUCAGAGCAGGAUGAGUGUUGUAAAGCGGGUGGUGGUGGUGCUGCUGCUGGCGGCAUUCAGCAGCAACGCAGCAGCAGCUCCUGCAGACUGUGGCCGUCUCAAUGUAACGCUGCCCACACAAGACGCAGACAAGAUUUUCGGGAAGUGGGUUCUGGUCUGGUCCGCCUCCAGUAUGGGUCCCAUUUUAGUGGGAAACAUGCUGAGCUCCGACACUGAGUUCACGCUCCGCCCUGACAACAGCACCUACAUGUUCAUCCAGAGGAUCAUGUUCCAGGGUCCAUCAUGUACCAAGUAUUCCAUAAACGUGUCGGUGCAGUCUGGCUCUGACCACCACGUAGAGCCAACCACCACUGAAGCACACUCAUCUGGAACGACUUUUGUCUUGACAUACGGCACAGUGAUCAUUGAGCGCGAAGGCGAGCUUUCUCAGUUCAACGAUUCAGCCAAGCUAUAUUUCUUAGAGACCUGCCCCGACUGUCUGAUCAUGGUCUACAGAGGCUUACUGGGCCAUCAGCUGCUCAUCUACAGGAGGGAGGGGCUUCAUCAGGAUGUCGAGCAGCUGACAGCAGCUCACGACCAUCACAGGAAACUGGCCGAGUGUCUGGGAAUAGCUCACAGCCAUCCGUUCAUCUACGACGGGUCUGCAGAUUUCUGCCGUGACAGAUCUUCUCCAGAGGUGCCCGGUGAGCAGUCCUGAGACUGAAGACUGAAGAUGCUGGAUCACAGUCAACUUGUACCUGAUAUCUCAAUCACAAGUCAAAUAAAGGCAAAUCCUAAACCCUG